GCGCGGUAGCUGUCAGAUAGCGGAGACAGACGGAGAGAGAACACCCACUUUGGUCGCUUCGUCUUUCUAUAUCAAACCCUCCUUCAACAGGCGCCUCCAGAAAGGCAUUCCACCGCUCCAACGGCCGUCUAGCUGCUGGGCGGACCUGUAUUUCAAACGCAAAUUUAGCGCAAAUAACCGCAUUGUUUUUCGGAACUGACAAAGUAAAAGAAGCGAGAGACAGGGGAGAGACAUGGCCACGACAACCUGUACGCGAUUCACAGACGAAUAUCAGCUAUACGAGGAGCUGGGGAAGGGAGCCUUUUCAGUGGUGCGCAGAUGUGUUAAGCUGUGUACAGGACAGGAGUAUGCCGCCAAAAUAAUCAACACCAAAAAGUUAUCUGCAAGAGAUCACCAGAAGCUGGAAAGAGAGGCUCGGAUUUGUCGCCUAUUGAAACAUCACAACAUUGUUCGUCUUCAUGACAGUAUAUCAGAGGAGGGCUUCCACUACCUCCUGUUUGACUUGGUGACCGGAGGUGAACUGUUUGAGGACAUCGUAGCCAGAGAGUAUUACAGCGAGGCCGACGCCAGUCAUUGCAUCCAGCAGAUCCUGGAGGCGGUGCUUCACUGCCAUCAAAUGGGUGUGGUGCACCGGGACCUGAAGCCAGAGAACCUGCUUCUAGCAAGCAAAUGUAAGAAUGCCGCAGUGAAGCUGGCCGACUUUGGCCUGGCCAUUGAGGUACAGGGGGAUCAGCAGGCCUGGUUUGGAUUUGCUGGCACACCGGGGUACCUGUCCCCUGAGGUAUUGAGGAAGGAGGCAUAUGGUAAACCUGUGGACAUCUGGGCCUGCGGGGUGAUCCUCUACAUCCUGCUGGUGGGUUACCCUCCUUUCUGGGAUGAGGACCAGCACAAGCUGUACCAGCAGAUCAAGGCUGGGGCUUACGAUUUCCCUUCCCCAGAGUGGGACACAGUCACCCCAGAGGCCAAAAACCUGAUCAACCAGAUGCUGACCAUCAACCCAGCCAAGAGGAUCACUGCUCAGGAGGCCCUUAAGCACCCAUGGGUCUGCCAACGGUCCACGGUGGCGUCUAUGAUGCACAGACAGGAGACUGUGGAGUGCCUGAAGAAAUUCAAUGCCAGAAGGAAACUCAAGGGGGCCAUUCUUACUACCAUGCUGGUUUCUCGAAAUUUCUCUGUGGGCAGCAGGCAGACCGCCGCUCCAGCCUCUGUAACUGCGGCCGCAGCAGCAGUGGCUGCAGCCGCCGGCACCACCGCAGGGCUGGUGGAACAAGCAGCUAAGACCUUGCUCAACAAAAAGGCAGAUGUCAAGAAACGCAAGUCCAGCUCUACUGUCCAGUAUAUGCCCCAGACAAACAGCACCAAAAACAGCAUAGUCACCAGCCCCAAAGGAAACAUCCCUUCACCUGCUCUGGAACCUCAGACAACAGUCAUCCAUAAUCCAGUGGACGGGACAAAGGAAUCAUCAGACAGCAGCAACACCACUGUGGAGGAUGAAGAUGUGAAAGGAAAGAGCUUAGACAACAGCUCGCUUAAGGCGCAGUCCAGCACAAGCUCCCAGCCAGAUAGCUCUCAGGGCUCCUCAGCUCCUGUGUACUCUGCCACAAAGUUUGCUGACCUGCUGGGCUCAGUGCGUAGGGGCUCAGGGCCCACAUCCGACGGGGAAGGGAGAACCAGCACUCCACCUCCUGCUGCCCUCUCCGCCCCCUCCCCUCCACACACCCCUGUUGUCCCCAUGCAGAUGUCUCGGCUCACAGACUUGGUAAGCAGUGUUCGCAGGGUGCCGGCGGCCCCUGCACCCGAGGUUGACGCUGCUCCGGCGCCGGUACCUUGCGCCAGGCCCACCCCUCCACCUGCCCACACCACCUCCCCACCUCCCCCUCACUCCCCCUCCAGCCUUUCCCUGUCUUCCUCCCAGAUACGCAAACAAGAAAUUAUCAAGAUCACUGAGCAGCUGAUAGAGGCGAUCAACAAUGGAGACUUUGAGGCUUACGCUAAGAUCUGCGACCCUGGACUGACUUCAUUUGAGCCGGAGGCGCUCGGCAACCUGGUAGAGGGGAUGGACUUCCACAGAUUCUACUUUGAGAACCUUCUGGCUAAGAACAGCAAGCCCAUCCACACCACCAUCCUGAACCCCCACGUCCACCUGAUUGGCGAGGACGCGGCCUGCAUCGCGUACAUCCGCCUGACUCAGUUUGUUGACAACCAGGGUCGGCCACGGUCCAGCCAGUCGGAGGAAACUCGCGUCUGGCAUCGCAGAGACAGCAAGUGGCAGAACAUCCACUUCCACUGCUCAGGUGCACCAGCUGCGCCACUCCAGUGAGGUUGAAUGCCGUAGUUUUGUCUGUCAGGAGUGCUCUGCUGGAGAGAGGAGGAGGAGGAGGAGGAGGAGGAGGAGGAGGGAAGGGAUGAAAGAACAAGUCCAGCUUUGGUUUGGGGAUGGGCCCUUCAACAACAAACCCUCCCUCACUGGACGCCCAGCCUCAACCCCCCAGCAUGCAUCUCUUCUUUUACUACUACUCCCCACUCAUCUAUCACCUGCCCUACAACAUCUUCUGACAAGUAUCAAACAAACAGCUUUACAGCCUUCACCCCUCUGGUUUCCUCUUCUUCCCUCCGGCACACUGGGUGAUGGGUGGGGGCGGUGGGCAGGGGGUGGGGGGGGUUUCAGCACUCGGUGUGAUUCCUUCUUCCUGUGGUCUCUCCGCGUUUCUGCAAUUUUUGUGACACCAACCCUGUCCUCCUGUGAAUCCACACUUGUGUGACAUAAACACUGCACUGGAAAUACAAUAUGUAAAGUUUUAAGUAAAAUCUGUUAUUAUCAUGACUAUAUUAUUACCAUUAUGGUUAUUAUUAUUACACAUUUGUAGUUGUAUAUGUAAUUUGUAUAAUUCGAAAUACUCAAUGCCAGUGGUUACUAGAGUUGAAGGAAAUCUUUUUUUGUUUUUCUCUUUAUCUUUUUAAGAAAGCAUGUUUUUCCCCCAAUUAUAACAGUGGCUGUUUUCUAUUGUGGCUAUUUAAGUAGAAAAUUAUAUUGGCAGUUUUUAGUAAUUUGCUUCUUGUAUGUGAGCUAUAAUUCUGCACCCAAGUUCAUGGUCAACAUGUUUUAGUUUGUUUGUUUUUCGGUUUUCCUUUUUUUUUUUUUUUAAAGGGGUAUGUCUGAUGGUGUUGUGUGAAUGUAGAGAGUGAGUCUUUGUGUGUGUGUGUGUGUGUGUGUGUGUGUGAGUGGUUAUUUAAACCAGACACAAAGUGUGUUCUAGUCCAAACAUGAUUACUGUACAGUUUAAGGAACCAGUUGCUUUUCCCUCGCUGCAAAGUAAACAGCCGGAGACGAGGUUAGCUGAGCUCAGUGCCUCAAACUGAACAUUUCACACUUACAAAACAAAACGGCAUGCAACAAGAGUUAUAUCAUGAUCAUCAUCAUCUUACUUUUCCAUCUUCAUGGAUAACACUAUAAUGGUAGAAUGCCCUGCGCUUUCGCAUCCUGAAUGGUGAGCUCUAAAGACGAAGAAAAACUUGUUUUCCUGUUAGUGACAGUGUUCCUUGAUUUGUAUUGCUGCCACCAUUGACAAAAAAAUAUGUUUCUCAUUACAGGGACAACAUUUUGUUGAUAUAACAAGAUACCUUAUUUUGUUUUAACAAGAAACUAUACAUUAUAAUAACACAUCUACUUUUCACAUCAUCACAAAAUAAGUUGGUGUGUUGUUAUAUAAGAAGAAAUUAUUUGUAUGUUCCAUGUUGCAACCAGAAAAGCAUCCGGUCCAAAGAGGAAAUAUCGUCGGCAAUAUCAGAGAAACCGACUAUGAUUCUUUAAAGGAAUCAUUUGAUUUGAAUUCAAUUCUUGGGAUGAGAUAUUUGAAGUCAGAUUCUGCUCUGAUUGAGAACAGUCGUGUACAUAGAACCAUACAUUAAGAACAUUAUUUAAACAUGUGGCUAUACUGAAGAAAGAACUGUUACAGGUGGCAUCAUUUCUCCUAAAUGAAGUGGAGGGGCACGACAGGCUGCAUGGACACAAAUCCCAGUCCUGUUUUAAAGUGAAGUUCUGGACUAGGCUAAUCUUUGACCAGAGAAACAUAAACAGGUUUAACUGGACACUAAAAUGUUGGGAUAAUAGUGUUUUUAUACAACAAACCAUUUAUUCAAGGCUGUCCUAUUGUAAAAAUACUAAUAAAAUAAAUAAAAUUACUAAAUGCCUCAUUUAUCUGAUCAUGUUAAAGGUGCCGUAGGUAGGAUUUCGAAGAUCCAGGUCUUAGCCAAAGAAUUUGAACAUCAACAACUUCUCAGUCCCUACCCCCUUUCUGCUAAAGCACAAAACGGUCUCCUAAGCCCCUCCCCCCAUAAGGAGAAUGAAUGUGCAUGAGCAGUGAUUGCAAAUAUGACAGAAAGUUAGUUGUAUAAGUCUUACCUACUGCACCUUUAACUGCUAGGUAAAACUCAUUAACAGAUAUGAAAGAACUAAAAAAAAAAAAUUUCAAAAACAUCAAAAAUGUAAUGUCAUUUCUUGUUAAACCAAGUUGUGAUCUGAUGAAAAAGGCUUCCUGUUAUUAUGAAAUAUUUUGGUGUGGUAUAAGAGAAAUACGCCAAACUGUAACAUCAAAGUAGCUCGUUAUAAUUGCAAUAUUUUUUCACGACAAGAAACUGAGCACUAUUUCUUGCUCACAGUAGCACUUCAGUUUUGCGUCGGUCCGUUUUUCCACAAGUGUUUUUCAGGCUAUUGGUGUUAAAAAGGUGCUCCGGGGUUAGUGGCUUCUGCUGUUGCUAGGUGACAGCUGAAAACCCAUUUAGUGCUCAGUGCUCUUUUCUUAAAAGUUGGGAUAUAUUUAACUCACUAGAUCUCGGUGCUGUAGGGAACUUUUUUUUUUUUUUAUAUCCAAAUGACAAACAAAAGAAGUCAGUGCUCUAAAAACAGAAUCCCAGAAGACGCCUGACCUUUCUCACUUCCAGAGCUAUAGUGCAGAAAGAUGGUGCCGCUGCCUGUUUGUUUAUUCAAAGCACAUACACUUAUAGACCCAUAUCAGUAAUGAAGAAUCAAGGUAUGCUUGAAACCUCCACAAGUGUGAGGAUUUUCCCGACGUACCAUGAGUUCAUAAACGUCUGCAGACAGUGAGGUUUGCUUAGGGCUUCUCUGUUCGGCGGUCUGGUUCCUCCUUUCAGGGCAGUCCUUUGCCACAGGGUGCAAUAUUUGUGUGUGUGUGUGAGUGUGAAAGUAUGUAUCUGUUGCUCUCAGUAUGUAUUCUUUACAAGUCAGGAGAAAUAUUGGAGAUGUAUGUUGUGUGAGAGAUGGAAGGAGAAGGCUUUAUUUCGGAGGACAUAUCAGUCCCCUGCCUUCAGCCCAGGGCUUUUUUUUUCUUAUGAUUUAAUCUCUUUUUUUUUUUUUUUUCCUAUGUAUUAUGUUUUUCAUGUUUUAUCAGCUUUUUAUGAUAAAAAGUGCUUGUGCUAGGGGUGACGGGAUUAAUCCGAUGGACUUUGCAGCACUGAAAACUGUUUUUGUGGGGAUUUGACUUGCGAUCAGCUCCUCCACCAUUGGCUGCCUUCACAUUUGUCUCGCCCCUAUUGGUCAGACCAAGAUAUUAAAGAGGCCAGGCAGUCAGUUUGGUGAAUAGUCCUCAGGUUUCUAUUUAUUUUGUAAAUGUAUUUAUUUAUUUUAGUGGAAUGAUUUUAUGGUGUUCUUCUCUUUUUUGUUUUGGUUUUGUUUUCCGGUUGUACAGCUCAUGCACUUGUGCAGGUACUGUCUAUUGCUGUUCAAAGGGACACCGCUCCAUGUAAAACAUGACUGUUUUAACGGGAUAGUAAACCGAAUUUGCAUCCUGCAUGUGCUUUUCUGUAAUGACCAACAUGGUGUGAUUUACUUUUUCUUUUUCUGCUGUUUUUCUUUUGCAACUUUAGAUGGAAGUUGUUUUUGACAUCAUUUUUUUUCUGUUUUAUGAUGUCCAUCGUUUUACUUCCACUUAGGUCAUUACCACUUUGCCAGAGUGGGACAUCUAUCACUUUAAAACUCAUAUGAUACAGGAUUGAAUUUUGGAGUGAACUAUCCCUCCGAAGCUUUAUCGCCUUCUUUUUUUUUUUUUUACUUUUUUUUGAGGUGAUGAAGCUUUUUUUCAAAGUGAACCACUGAGUUGUUGUAUUAUACUCGUGUCUCAUCCAGUAACCGUGUUAUUGCCUACUUGGCCCUGUUCUAAUACUAAAAGGUCAACGGUUACCCUAAGGCGUUCAUGUGUGAUCGUGCUAACCAGACAUGACCCCCCCCCCCCUCGCCUCCAAAAAAAAAAGAAGAGAUAGCAGCAUGUACAUUGCAAAGUUGUUGUUCUUCUGUUCUUAGUGUGUUUUACUAGCCUUGAAAAUCAAUAUAAGAUUCACAUAUUUAGAACGAGGGAGUUCACAGUGUUACAUAACUGCAACUAACUAGCAGCGUAGCUGGCAUUUUUUAUUUUUGCAUGACAGUCAACGGGACACUUGUUUUUAGGUGUUUUCCUUUUUAUUUGUUUUCUCAUUUUCUACUGAAUGCUGGUAUACUCGGCCUCUCUGUCUAUUUUUCUCAGCUUUUAAAGUGCAUAUAACUAUUUUUGUCUCAAGAUGAUGAUGUUAAUGACUGUGGGACUAUAAGGAUGUUGACAGUGGUGGUGGUGGUGGUGGUGAUGAUGAUGGUGUGAUGAAGAUUAUCUCGCAUGCUUUUCUGUGGCGAUCUUGUGUUGUCAGUGCAGAAUGGCUGCCUUUUGUUCGUAGCUGAGAGAACACGAGGAGCGCCUGUUAACCACCGGCACCGAGAGCGACGGCUUCACUGAGCCUGCAUGUCACUUUGAGAAACGCCACUUGAGUCCAACGGCCAGAUUAGAAGCCGUUUCAGAGAGUGGAUGAGCUCCAGCAGGGGGCGCAGUCACGCAGAGUAGAGCACAAACACGCAGGUUGACACGUCUUUGACGCUUCUGACGUAGCUGCACAAUAAGUUGACUUUAGCGUCAAUUGUAACCGGUCAUCCAGUCAGAGACAACAGCAGUUUAUCACUGCAGAAUAAGAACAAAGCUUUCAUUAUAAUUAUUAAUCAGGGCUGCACAGUUAUGACCAAAAUGACCGUUCUGAUUACAGUUUGAGGCCAUGAUCAUGAUGUUGAUACAUGGUAGUUUUCCUCUGUGAUUUUGGGGAACAAAACAUCAUUUUCCUUUAUUCAAUUACAUCACAAACUGUUUCCACACUUUAUACAUUCUUAACCAAAUCAAAUGAUAAAUCAUGAUUGUGUAUGAAUGAUCAAAGCUGACAUGAUAGAAAAUGAUUAAUAGUGCAGCCCUACAUAUAGACUACAACAUAUAAACUACAAUAACUGUCCUCCUGUGGUCUCUUGAGGUCAGUGCGAGCUCUGCUGCCUUCCUUUCAGCGGUUUAGUCAGACGGAGCUUUACCGAGAUGAACUGGAGCCACUGUGUUCACUCUGAAGCUCUGCCAUCCUCUUCCUCCAGCCAGUGACUGAGUUGCACUGACAACACUGAGUUGGCUUCUCUUCGUAGGGUGUCUCUCACUCUUCUCCCAUUCCCUGGGUUUCCAACCUGAUUUUAAUCAUUUCUCUGCAGUCAGCUCUUUCUAGUUUCUCCUUUGUCUCUUUCUGUCACUUUGGGUUUCUUCUGUAUAAUAAUAUGAAUCCUCUACUUCUCUGAUUCUUCGGAUUAUUGCUCUGUUCUCUUACAUGCUACACGUGUUUCUAUAACUUCGAGAAAAUGUGUUAAGGUGUUAUCAAUAAAAUGAUCAUUUAAAUAGAAAA